AUGUCUGAGCAGAAAGAUCAAACCCCUCAGAAUGGUCAGUUUGACCAGAACAACCUAGCUCAAGGCAUGCAAAAUAUGAACUUGAAUGCUGGUACACCAGCUUUUAACCCAAAUGCAAUUCCAACAUUUGUUCCAGGUGUAGGUUUCCAGGCCCCAGCAUUUGAUGCUAACCAGCAACUGCCACAACAACAACAGUAUCAAAACUACAACAACUACAAUAACAAUAACGGUUAUACCAAAAAUUAUAACAACAGAGGUGGCUAUAACAAUUAUAACAAUUAUAACAAUUAUAACAAUAGAAACAACUAUAAUAGUAGAAAUAACUAUAAUAGUAACGGUUACAAUAAUUAUAACAACAACAACAACAACAACAACUAUAACAACAACUAUAACAACAACUAUAACAGCGGUUACCAACCACAAGAGCAACAAGAGCAAUCUGGUUCCCAACAGAUGAGUUUCGAAGAUUAUCAGAAACAACAACAAGAAAAACUCAAUGCUGCUCCAAAGAAGAAAGUUCUAAAAUUAAACUUGAAAUCCAGUACUGUUAAAAUUCCUUCAAAACCUAACUCAGAAGAACCAAAGACCGAAAAAGUGAAGGAAGACACGAUCGAAAAGGAAAAGGUACAAGAGGAUCUUCAAGCAAAAAAGACAGAAGAAACUAAGAAAAACAAAGAAUCCAAGGCUGAAGAACCAAAGAAGGUUGAGCCAACUAAAAAAGCUGAGACUAUGAAGAAGUCUGAUUCCGUUGCAAAAGCUUCGGCUAAGGAAGUGGAAGACCAGAUCGACCCAGCCAUCGUUAAUGAUAUGUUUGGUGGUAAGGAGCACAUGUCCAUUAUUUUCAUGGGUCAUGUCGAUGCAGGUAAGUCUACUAUGGGUGGUAAUUUGCUAUAUUUGACUGGUGCCGUUGAUAAGCGUACUGUAGAAAAGUACGAACGCGAGGCCAAAGAUGCCGGUAGACAAGGUUGGUACUUGUCUUGGAUUAUGGACACCAACAAGGAAGAAAGAAAUGAUGGUAAGACCAUUGAAGUUGGUAAGUCUUACUUUGAAACCGAUAAGAGACGUUAUACUAUUUUAGAUGCCCCAGGUCACAAACUUUAUGUUUCUGAAAUGAUUGGUGGUGCAUCUCAAGCUGAUGUCGGUGUUUUGGUCAUUUCCGCAAGAAAGGGAGAGUAUGAAGCAGGUUUUGAAAGAGGUGGUCAAUCUAGAGAGCACGCUAUCUUAGCUAAGACCCAAGGUGUCAACAAAAUUGUUGUUGUUAUCAAUAAGAUGGAUGAUCCUACCGUUGGUUGGUCUGAAGAAAGAUACAAUGAAUGUAUUAGUAAGUUAUCUCUCUUUUUGAGAGGUGUCGGUUAUGCAAAAGAAGACAUUACAUUCAUGCCUGUUUCCGGGUUUACUGGUGAGGGUUUGAAGGAAAGAAUUCCAAAGGAGCAUGCACCUUGGUAUAAUGGACCAUCUCUGCUAGAGUUCUUAGAUAACAUGCCUUUAGCGCAAAGAAAGAUUAACGAUCCAUUUAUGCUUCCAGUUUCCGGUAAGAUGAAAGAUUUAGGUACUGUUAUCGAGGGUAAAAUUGAGUCGGGACACAUCAAGAAGGGCCAAAGUCUAUUAUUAAUGCCAAAUAGAACCAACGUUGAAGUCCUAACCAUUUAUAACGAAACUGAGGCAGAAGCUGAUUCCGCCUUUUGUGGUGAACAAGUAAGACUCAGAUUGAAGAACGUUGAAGAAGAAGAUGUUUCUGUUGGUUACGUGUUAACCUCAACACUUCAUCCAGUCCAUACCGUGACUAAGUUUGAAGCCCAAGUUGCCAUCGUUGAGUUAAAGUCUAUUUUAUCGUCAGGUUUCUCUUGUGUCAUGCACGUUCAUACUGCUAUUGAAGAAGUCACUUUCACCCAGUUGUUGCAUAAAUUAGAAAAAGGCACUAAUAGAAAGUCUAAGAAGGCACCUGCAUUUGCAAAGCAAGGUAUGAAAAUUAUUGCCAUUCUUGAAACAACUGAGCCUGUCUGCCUUGAAACUUAUGAUGACUACCAACAAUUAGGUAGGUUCACCUUGAGAGAUCAAGGUCAAACCAUUGCUAUUGGUAAAGUUACCAAACUUUUAGAAUAA